GGCCGGACCGUGAGCGCAGCGCCAAACCCAAACCUUUUUACGCAGCCUUCGUCCUGCAGCGUCACCUCUGCACUUCCACACCUGAGCAUCAGCGGCUGCAGCGGCGCUCCUGCUGUCCUCCCGGCCUGAGAUGGAUUGAUCUCCCCCCAGGGAGCCAUGCUUCAUCCCGCUGAUCAUUUAGGAUCGCGGUACCGAGUCCUUGCAGGGAACCUUGCCGCCUUGAAUGGACCAGAUUUCCGCAUUCCCGCAGCCGCCGUGCGCACUGCGGGCGCGGAGCUCAGAUCCAUGAUCUCAACAGAAAAGAAAACCGGUUCCUCCAGCUCUUCUGCCCAUCCUUCGCUGGUCCUUCUUGGUUGUUUUCACCGGCAGAGGCGGACAGACCUGCUGCUGACAGGGUGUCCUCGGCCGGCUUUGGUUCUCCUUUAACGCCUGCUUCAUGUCCCAGGAUGGAGGACUGCUGCCGCUCCUGCUGUCCCUGCCUGAACCGGCUCUGGAACCGGAUCUGGCCAGACAUCCGCUACCCUCCGGUUCCCAAUCUGGUCAUCGCCAACCCGGCGGCCCAUCCGGCAGAGAUCCGCACCAUUUCUGGUGACAUCCGCGCCCCGUCUCCCAAGAAGCGGCCGGUGCAGCUGUACGCGGCGCUCUUCGACUUCCAGGCCCGGAGCGACGACGAGCUGACGGUGAAGGAGGGGGACAAGCUGUCGGUGAUCGAGAAGAGAGGAGACUACGUGCUGGCCAAGAAGCUGACCGGCUCUCCGCAGUCCGGACUCAUCCCGGCCAACUACGUGGCUCUGCUGCAGGACGAGUUCGCCAAACACAAGUGGUACUAUGGGAACAUCAACCGUGUGAAAGCUGAGAAGCUGCUUCUUGCUUCCCAAAACAAAGAUGGAGCGUUCCUGGUCCGCAUCAGUGAGAGUCACAGUGAUGAAUACACAAUAUCUGCCCGAAGUGAGGGGAAAAUAUUCCACUUCAGGAUCCAGCGCUCUGUGAUCGGAGCUUAUUUUAUCUCAGAUAAGAUCUCUUUCGCCACCCUGGGUGAGCUGAUCUCUCACUACCAGAAGAACCCACGCAGCCUGGGAGUGAACUUGAUAGAGCCAUGUGCCCAGCAGCGGGAACUCUUCGAUAUGGAGCCUUGGGAGAGACCACGGGAAGAGUUCCAACUCCAUAAGAAACUGGGAGAAGGUCAUUUUGGUGAGGUGUGGGAAGCUAUCUGGACCAAAGAAAACAAGAAAGUGGCCAUAAAGAUGCUGAAACAAGAGGACACAAAGCAGGAUGAGUUUGUGAAGGAGGUUCAGGCACUGAAGAGCCUCCAUCACCCAAAGCUGAUCCAGCUGCUAGCCAUGUGCUCCAGAGGAGAGCCUGUCUACAUCAUAACUGAACUCAUGAGCAAAGGAAGCCUUAAGUCAUACCUUGCCUCUAAUGAAGGCCAACUUCUGAAAACAGCUCAUCUCAUCUACAUGAGCGGUCAGAUUGCAGACGGUAUGGGCUACUUGGAGGACCGACACAUUGUUCACAGAGACCUGGCUGCCAGAAACAUUCUAGUGGGAGAUGAUCUGGUCUGCAAGGUGGCUGACUUUGGACUGGCUCGGAUAAUCAAGGACAGUGUAUAUACGGCCAGUAGAAGCACAAAGAUCCCAGUGCGGUGGACGGCUCCUGAGGCCGCACUGCACCAACGCUUCUCGGUGAAAUCGGACGUCUGGUCGUUUGGUGUGCUGCUUUACGAGAUGAUGUCACGGGGCAAAAUGCCUUAUGAAGGUAAAAGCAAUAAGGAGGUGCUGGAAAUUUUAACAUCAGGGCAUCGGUUGGGACAACCCAACCGCUGUCCACAGAAUAUUUACCGGAUCAUGUUAGACUGCUGGCAUUCUGAGCCAUCCAAAAGACCCUCGUUCCACGCUCUGCAGAGCCAGCUAGACUCCAUAUAUGAACGGAUUUAUUACAAGACCGUAGAGGUGUAGAAGGAGACGGGGCCUGGCUGGAGAACUAUGAUCUUCCUCUGCUAAAUGCAAGCCCAGAAAAAGGAAACAAAUCUAAGGAAUAAGGAAACAAUAAUGAAUGCUGCUGCUCUUACUGUGUGGUAUCUUAAAAAGGUUUGGAAAAAGACCGGUUUGUCAAAGGAAGAUGAGGACCAAGAAGAACAACAAAAGCUGCCCAACAUGGAUGGAAUGAUGGAGACAGAAAGGAAGAUAAACUUGGAAGGAAACUGAAGGUAUAUCAGAGGCUGAAUGCAAGAAGCCGAAGAGAGGAGUCUUUAAAUAAACUCAUGUCUAAAAAUAAAACUGAAGACUCGAGCCGCUCCUGGACCUGUUUUUAAAUUCUACACUUUUAUAGAUUAUAACUGAAAAUGUCUUUAUGUGCCAUGUUGGAAAUGUUACAGGCUUAUAAGCCGUGGGGGUUAAGUUACCGAUUUACUUCUGUUUUGGUCGCAAAACGUAGUGAAUUUUAAGAUUUGGUGCAAUAUAUGAAUGAAAGCUGGAUGUUAAGACACAUGUAGCUGAUAAGUUUAAUUAGUUUUUCACUUAAACACUUUUCCCUCUAGUGCUGAAUAUCUGGAAGAAAAGAUUGGAUGAUAGUUUGGUUCAGAAGUACCUUUUUAAACUUCUUAAAAGAACAGAUUCUGUUGUAAUGUGGUGCCUCCAAAGGAUGUUGCCUCUCAUUAAAUCAGACAGGAUAACUGAAUUUUACAUCAGUGUCAAGAGUUGUUUUAUAUUAAGAGAGAGGAAAGUCUUUGCAGGAAUAAACUUUAAAGCAAAUCACUAUUCUUCCUCUGUCAAGAGAAUGCAUUCUGGGUAAUCAGUCAAUAUUUGGAGACUGACAAGCUAAUAGGGUUUUAAAUGUGUGCUUAUUCGUUUUCAAGCUCACAGUAUAUACAAUAGGGUUCACAUUUUUUUUAGGAAGCUCAACUUUACAUAUAUAAAUUUGUCUUAGACCAGGAAACCCAUCCAAGAAUAACAUUCUCCUCUUUUGGCUCUCAUGUUGAAUAUCAAAUAUGGCUGCCAAUUGUACACAACUUCACCACCGCUCCUGUUGUAUCAGCUAACGUUUACAUCUAGGGCCAAAAGUCUGUACAGGGUUAUUUAAUAUGAAAAUAGAUCAACUUCAAUAUGGGAUUCAUGCAAGUCCUACAACUUUUUCACAAUAUGAAAAUAUUUUCUUAUUAUUCAUCAAGACCUACCUAAAUUUAAAUGUCUAUAGGUUGUUUUCAAUCAAACCAAGUGAGAUUCAGUAAAGAAUCCCACUGUGAGUCCAGGCCCAAUUACAACCCAUCCAGUCUGAAUAAAAUCCAUAUUUUCACUUCUCUGUAGCUCAUAAAAUGGCAAUAAGGGAGAACUCUAUAGUUUCAUGGUUGGGGAACGCAGCUCUUUUCAAAUUUAAAUCUGAAAUCUGAUUUAAAAGAGCGAUCUUAGUUCAAUCCAACGUAUAACAUCUUAGAAAAUAGCAUUAUAAUCAAGACAAAGUGUUCUCUACUAGUAAAUUCAAGUAUUCUAAGCUACGAAUAGUCUGUUAAGAAAAUGUAUAAUAUUAUGAUAUAAAUGUAUCAUAUUUUUCAAGAACCUUUAUCAUUUAAAAAAAAAUUAUUUUCAAGUUUGAAGCACACAAAGAGCCGUAUAUGCCCUGCCUGACAUUUUAUGAGCUACCGGGCUAAUGGGUAUGCAUUCUUUAUAACUGUCAUUAGAGGAGACUAUUAUAUCAUAAUCAUUAAACCCUUUCUUCUUCAUGCUUUUUGCAGAAGGUGAAUGAUCAUACUGAAAACUUUACUUUAACCGUCAGCCUAGCUUGGCAAAAUAAUUUGGAGCAAAAGGAAGCAGCUAACAUAACGCCGUCUAAUGUUAGAAACCCUUCUUCCAAGGCAUGCAGAGCUCACGCUUGGUGUUUCUAGUGUCAUUUGGGUUACCUCCUUUGAUUUUCUGCUUGUUGGCUUGCAAAACCUUUGUAGCACUAAUAUCUGAUAACUGUUGCAGCCUUGAUUGGUUGUUUUUCUACAACACUAUGCUAAACUGGGCCGAGAUCAAGUGACCCAUGUCUUCCAUGUGGUACUAGGAUUAUUAUUUAAUUCCUGCUAAAUAUGCACAUAAUGUUUACUGUUACUAAAUUAUUGCUUAUAAGCUAAUGAGCAUGAUGGCUUGCCAGCAUCUUAAUGUGUUCUAUGUUAGCAUGAUAAUUCAUCAUAUAUGUGUUAUUUUUGGUACAUGUAUUGCUGCCCCUUAACACAAUUUGUUAACCUGUUACACUCUGACCCUAAAGCCCAUUUGAUGGUAAACUAACGGACUGAAAUAUCUACUGUUCAGCUAAACGACUUAUGUUCCAGUCCUGCUUUCAGUACAGACUUAAAAUGUUCUUAUUUUAUUUUAAUUUGUCCACUUCUUUGAGUUUCCUGGCUUCAUGUGGAUCCAUUUUGUCUUGUCGCCAGAGCGUCUUUUAAACAGUUUACCCUUUUUCACAGGGAUGUACUGUAUGGCGGUUUGGCUACAUGUCACAUAUCUGAAACAUCUUAAAAAGAGCAUUUUUAAAAUGCUUUUUUUGUCAACACAAGAUGCAUUAAAUGGUAAGUAAACCAGCGCUUGAAAAGCCACCGGAGCACAGUGCCAUAUGACCAGGCCUUAAGCUCUUUUAAUGGGCCACACUGAUGUCCAGUUACAACUACAGUGCCUAUGUUUACAGUACAGACUGUACGCAGUUAACCAAUGAUAUACGAACUACGCAAAGGAUAGGAUGGACCUUUGGACAAGAAAGACUAGCAUGGCGGCACAGAAACGUUGUGUUGGGUUAUCUUCAUUUGAAGCACAUGAAACUGUAAUGUUGCAACUUGCAAUGCAAUUUGUGAAUUAACCAAUUUUGGUGUUUUUAUGCAUGAAAUUUGCAGCAGAUGAAGCCAAGUUCAGGAAACUUGAGCCAUAAUCACCAAAUUAUGAGUCAAUGUUUGUAUUUAUGGCUGUUUGUGUUCAGGUACUAAAUACAAAUGAUGCGAAAAAAUAAAGUAUUUUAAGUAUUA